UCCUCCUCCUCGCCUCGCCGCGGACUGCCGGCUCACAGUGCUGAACUGCGUGCUGCCCUGCGUAAAGAAGGGGGCUGCCAUAUUUGGGAAACGCAAAACGGAGUCAACAUACAAAGACCCCAGAGACCUGGAAGAUGGACUUUUUCAAGAGACUGACAUGCUCAGAGAAAACUAUAGUCAACAGAUUUCCAUUAAUCACAGUGACUUCAAAAUUUUAAAAAAUAAUAAGAGUCAGCUAUGGGAAGUCCUCUAGAAUAAAUUUGGGUGUAUCUCUACCCUGGUCUCUCCAACUCAGGAAGGUAACAAUGAGUCUCUACAAGUCUUCAGAAAAAUGCUGACUCCCAGGCUAGAGUUAUCUGUCUGGAAGGAUGACCUCACCAGACAUGCUGUUGAUGCUGUGGUGAAUGCAGCCAAUGAAGACCUUAUACAUGGGGGAGGCCUGGCCCUGGCCCUUGUGAAAGCUGGUGGCCUUGAAAUCCAAGAGGAGAGCAGAAGAUUCAUUUCUUCAUUUGGCAAAAUACCGACUAGUGGGAUAGCUAUCACAGGAGCAGGGAAGCUUCCCUGCAAAUUCAUUAUCCACGCUGUUGGGCCUCGGUGGGGGUCAAUGGAUGCAUCAGAAUGUGUCGAGAAUCUGUAUUCGGCCAUUGUCAAUGUUUUGAAUCAAGUCAGUGAUGAAAAUUUGCACAUCAAGACAAUAGCAAUUCCAGCCUUGAGCUCUGGAAUUUUCAAAUUCCCUCUGGAUUUGUGUACACGGGUCAUUGUGCAAGCUAUCAAGAGUUAUUCCCAGAGUGAGAAACUAGCCAGUAAUUUGAAAGAAAUUCAUCUGGUAAGCAAUGAGGACCCUACUGUUGCUGCCUUUAAAACUGCUUCAGAAGUCAUCCUAGGGAGGAACGAGCUAGAAUCCUGGGCGAGUCAAGAAGUCAUCUCCCCUUUUGAUACAAUGGUGGUGAACAACCUGACUCUCCAGAUUGUCUUGGGCCUCAUUGAACUGCAAGAGACGGAUGUAAUUGUUAAUUCUGUAGAUUCAUAUUAUGAUUUUGGAUUUGGGUCUGUGUCGAAAUCAAUUCUGCGAGUAGCAGGAGAUGAACUAGAACAGGAAUUUAGCCAAAAGAUGAGUAAGACACCGCUAGAUUCCCAGUCUGUACUGGUCACAAAAGGAUUUAAAUUGUCCUGCAAAUAUGUAUACCAUGUGUUGUGGCAAUAUUCUGAACAAAAUCUGGUAUUGAAAAAUGCAAUGAAGGAAUGCUUGGAAAAAUGUCUUGAGCUAAAUAUAACUUCUAUUUCCUUUCCUGCCCUUGGGACUGGAGUCAUAGGUAUUUCGAAGGGUACAGCAGCAGAGAUAAUGUUUAAUGAAGUUUUACUAUUUGCCAAACACCAUUUGCAAAAACAAUUAACUGUAAAGUUUGUGAUCUUUCCAAAAGAACUGGAGACAUAUAAGUUUUUCAGCACUGAAAUGGAAAAGAAUAAGGUCAAGCUGCACGGUCUUAACAGUUACCCUAGUGUCUGCCAGGGGACCAGAGAGAAGAGAGAAAAUGGACUCAAAGGUCCUGUCAUCAAGCUGAUGGGAUCCAACCAGGAAAAGAUAGAUGAGGCUCAAGCAUGGAUCCAGAGGAUCCUGACCCUCCAGGACUGCCACGUCAUUGAGGAUAACCAUAUCCUCUACCUUGGGGAAGAGGAACAUGACAUUUUAUCCCAGCUUCAGAAAAUGUUACAGGUCUCUAUCUCAGAGAUUAUCAGUCCAGGAAAGGCAAAGUUAGAGAUUAAAGGAGCCCAGGCCGACCUCAUUGAGGCGGUUAUGAAGAUUGAACAUAUGCUGUGUGAAGUUCAAGAGGAAAUGGUAAGAAAAAAGGAGCGAGUCCUUUGGAGCUUAUCAGGGCAACAGACUGAUCAGCAACCAGAAAACCAGAAUGAAAUGAAGGAAAAUACUUUUCUGAAAUGCUUAAAGCUUUCAACUCGAGAAAUUCAGGAUCAGAAGAAACAGUUUGAAGACUGUGGCUUGCAGGUUAUAAAGGUGGAGAAGAUAGACAAUGCGCUUCUCGUGGCUGCCUUCCAAAGAAGGAAGAAAAUGAUGGAAGAGAGGACCCAUGUGAACCCUGUGAGCCACAAGUUGUUCCAGCAAGUCCCCUACCAGUUCUGCAAAAUGGUAUGCAGAGUUGGCUUUCAAAGAAUGUACUCAGUGCCCUGCGAUCCAAAAUAUGGAGCUGGAAUAUAUUUCAUCAAGAACCUCAAAAACAUAGCAUACCACGUCAAGAAAACACCUGCCACAGAUAAGCUUAUCUAUGUGUUUGAGGCUGAAGUACUCACAGGCUCCUUCUGCCAGGGUCAACAGUUAAAUAUUGUUCCUCCGCCGUUGCUUCCUGGAGCCAUAGAUAGCCAUGACAGUGUGGUUGACAAUGUUUCCAGCCCUGAAAUCUUUGUCAUUUUUAGUGACACGCAGGCUGUGCCCCAAUAUUUGUGGACUUGCACACAGGAUCAUGUACAGUCACAUGAUUACUCAUCAGGACAAAUGAGCAAGCAACAGCCCUGAAAGCAAUUCUGAAGUGGCAGCCCUGUUGAUUAAGAUCCUUAUCAUUUUAACAACAGGCAUGACCUUGCUUUGGAGGAACUAACCAAAGAAUGACCAUAAAUGAUUCAAAGAGUUGUUUGAAUAUGUCACAUGGGUUGUCUCUGUGGACUGACUGAGUGAUUGCAGAGAUCAGCCACAAACUAGUAUCUUAGUGCCUUCAUCUUUACCUUCCUCUCUUGGGGUGGGAGUGGAUCGAUGACAACUAGAACACUCUCAGGACCAUUCCCUCUCCUUCAAGUUGUCCUUUCAUCUUCUUUACCACAGGUAACAACAAAAAUAUUUUACCUGUAAUGAAGAGAUUUUUCCAGUAUAUAAUCCAAGCCUUUUAUUUUGUAAACUGGUAAUUGUGUAACAUAUCAGGACAGCAGGAUGAUUUUAGAUUUUCCAGUAAAUCUUACAAAGCGCUUUAGAUAUCAAAAUAAAUCACCUUUAUCUAUGUAA